UCCGAAUCUUAGAUUAUAGAUUAGGAUUCACUUACAUCUAACUUGACGACCGUAUAGGGAUUAUUGAAUAGGCGUCGUUUCAUUCGAGCAAUUCUGCAUAAGCAGCUCUUGGUAGUCAUACGCAUCAGCUCCAGAACAUACUGCGCGUGGCGUGAGAGAGUAGAACACCGCAUGACCGCAUGAUAUUUUCGAUUUCUUUCGGCGGACGUCGGUGGGGGCGUGCGGAGUUCUCUGCGGUUAUUUUUCGUUUUCCGGCUUUGUCCAGCCUCAAAUAUCAUGGUGCGCUACUGUGAACAGUCUGCCACCUUCAACCACCCGUGGGACCAGGUGGUGCAGGCGUUCUGGGAGCGCUACCCCAACCCGCACAGCUCUCACGUGCUCACCGAGGACACGGUGGCUCGCCGGCUCGAGGGCGGCUGCCUGCGCUCCAAGCGUAUCGUCACAAAGACGAACCGGAUGCCCAAGUGGGGCGAGCGGUUCCUGUCGGCGCGCACGGUGGCUGUGCUGGAGGAGUCGGCCUGCGAGCCGGCCCGCCACUCCAUGGUCACCCUGACCCGGAACCUGGCGCACACCCACCUGAUGGAGGUCACCGAGCGGGUCGAGUACGUACCGCACCCGGACGACCCGCAGCACAAGACGCUGGUGCGGCGCUGCGCCUGGGUCGGAUCGCGCGUCUUCGGCUUCGGGUACGCCAUCCAGGCAUUCGGCGUGGAGCGGUUCAAGAAGAACCUGAACAACACGGUGCUCGGGUUCAACCACGUCCUUGCCAAGAUGUUCCCGCAGCAGAACGCCGGGCUGCCCGUCACGGAGGCCGUCUCCGCCAUGGACGCGCGGAAGGAGAGGCUGCGGGAGACGGCCAAAAAGGCCACCGAGCUGGCCAAGUCCAAGGCGGGCGCCAUGGUACCGCAGGCGGCCUGUGCCGAGCGCGAGAGCCGAUAGCUGCCUCCGCCGCCGCCGUCAGAGCCGCCGGCCGACCGGGUACGAGUCGGGACCGGGCGGGGAACGGACGCAAACAGCAGACUGGACACCGCAGAUCGGAGCUGCUAUCCCGCGCUACUACCGGGAGAUCUUCCCACACCCGGUGAGCUAAAGAUGACCGGUAACUGCUCGGCCGCGCAGGGCGUCCGUUUUACCCUGCGCUCUCCCGUGCGCGACCAGAGCUCUGCCGUCUGGGCCGGCCCGCUCGGCAGUCUCGCCUCUGAAAAUGUCAGCUCGGUAUAGCUGUCUGGACAGGCGCCGACCGGUCCCGGGCCGACGAUUUGUAAUUCUUACUGACCGCGAGAUCCCGCAGCGGCCGAUCGGGCCGUGUAUACUUGCAGGACAAACAGACGGAUACCGGAGAUCGGUGCGGGAGCGGAGACGCGGGUCGUCUCCAGCUCAAUUCCUGGAAGGCCGUGGGACCGCGAUGCGGUCAGGUGUAGUGGCUCAAUUAUCCCUGAUUGCCUGGUCCCGCCGUAUGUCGAUUCUAUCGCGUGAUUGGGCAGUGUUUUGAAUGAGUGCAGCGUAAAUGACCCGGCCCCUAUACUAUAGGUCUCGACUUCGAGCGGAUGAAUUUCUUUGUUAGUUACUGACUGAGCGCGCAAUGUGAAAACUUCACACAGGUUCAUAUAUAGUGGCUCUUGCGUCAGAAGUCUGUGACGUGCCCUGCUCCGAGCCGGCCCUUGUUAGUUUCUUAUCAGCAGUGGCGGUGGACAACUGUGGUCGUGGACAGCUGCGGAGUGGACAAAGGAGAGUCGACGGACAGGUGGCGAAGGUAUUUUCUACAGGUGUGUGAGUUAGUCCGCGCCCCAGCCGCGGUAGACGGAGUGCCAUGAGUUUGUUUGUGUUGCUGAGUUGAGUUAGCGGUUACAGCGAGUGUCGCGUGGUCCGGUCCGUCUGAGGAAACUGAGUUUAAAACGGGCAUCGGGCAGCGGGACCAAAUGGGCCGGUUGGCCCGGCUGCACUGCCGCCUCUUAUGUCAGGCGCCGACUGGAGACCGCGGCGACCCGAGGGUCGGUCAGCGAGCGGUGACCCGGGAGUCCCGCGCGGUCCAACGGCCGCCGUGACACCAAUGACAGACGCGUACCUACGUCUCAGAUCCUAAUCAAUGCAGAUUUGUUGAUUUGUUGCCUGCUUGAAGUCGAUUAGUUUAUACUUCUUUGUAUCAAAGCGCGUGGCUUUUUCAUUUGAGACUGUAGACCCCGAAAUGAGGUCCAUACGAUGUGAAGUCGCCGGUAUAUCAAAUGUCCAUUGCCCCUCGGCAUGUGCAACCUGACGUAGCGAGAAAUGACAUGUAGAUGCGAGAAUACGUAAUAAAAUACAUACCAAGACACUGA